GAGCGACCAGCCGUCCCUGCCGAGUUUCCCGUCUCGCAGAAAGUCGCAGAGGUUCGCACUGGUAGAGGAAAGAAGGCCGCAACUUCUGGAUCUCAUCAUGGCGAGCCGGCUCGACAAGCACCGAUGGUCAGGGCCAGGUUGCGCUACGAUCGGCAGACAAAGGCAGAACGCGUUGCUCCAGUGCUUAUGGCUAACAUGACCAUAGCGGAGCCUCACGAUCGUCAUGAUCCUUCUGCAGAUAGGCUCUGUGCGGAAGUCUUACAAGGCAAGCGCAAGCGCGAGAGAGAAGAUAGCUUCGUCCGUGUGCGACCGUCGCUGCAGGUCCUCUUUGCUCAGCGACAAGCUUCGCUAACAGAGAAGGUGAAAAAGUUACGGGAGGACUACUUGACACUGCACGACCGCUGGAUGGCGCACUGCGGCAAGCUAGACGAGGUUGCGAAGGCUGCCGCACUCGAAGAAGCUGCUGCCACUGCAGGUAGAACCACUCGACGCUCCGCUGCCCUGGGAGAUGCCGUACGGACGGACCUGGAGAUGGAGCAGAUCAUCGCGAGCUUGGGCAACGAAGAGCUCACUGAUGCCGAUCACCUUUCUUCGCGGAACGCAGCAACGAUCCCAGACAUGAUCUCGGUGACGAAGGGGUCGGUCGACUACCGCUACGACGAUACUAAUAAUGUCGUCGAGGAUCUAGUCAACUUUUACACGCCAAACACAUGUCUCGAGGACUGGACUGAAGAAGAGAAGGAGAUCUUCCUCGAGAAGUAUAUGCUCUACCCCAAGCAAUUCGGCAUCAUCGCCGACUUUCUUCCCAACAAGACCACGGCGGAAUGCGUUACUUAUUACUAUUUGCACAAGAAGACGCUUAUCGACUUCCGGAAGGUCCUCGCACGAACUACGGCUGGCAAGCGGAAACGCGGGGGCGGACGCGGGGGCAAGAAGAAGGGCAAUGCGUUGUUGGAAGACAUCCGGAAGCACGAUGCUGAAGUCUCGCGGAACUCCACUGCGAGCGGUUCUACAACUCGUCGGAGACGAGGAGCUCAGACGGCUGAGAACGGAGAGCCCGUGCCUCGCCGCGCCUCAACGCGGAAGAGUGCUAUUCAAGCUGAGAACUCGCCCGGGACCACGCCAACACCCGAUCCCGAUCCUGAGCCACGCAAAAGACGGCGUACAGCGAAACCUACUGCGCGUGCUGCGGCAGCGGCAGAGCAAGAGGUGGACGAGGACGCUACGGAGGCGGAACCGAAGCCAGCCAAACGAACUCGUCGUUCACGUAAGAUCAAGUCGGCGGAGACGGUUGAAUCGCCAGUCAUGUCAGAAGCGCCCCUUUUGUUCAACGAGACACGGUUCAUAGACCAGACAGAACUGACAGCUCGGAAGAGGACACCGACGGGUAGUUCCCCGUGGACGGAGGAAGACAAAGAACUAUUCGUUAAAUUGUUGGCACAUCAUGGCGACGACUUCAAGCGGAUAUCUGCGUCGAUGCCCAACAAGACUGCCAUCCAAUUGAGCGCAUACUACAAGGCGAAUAAUGCAGAGCUCAAACUCGGAAAAGUGGCAGCCCAGGGUCGAAGGCGGUCUCCGUCACUUGAGCCCCCAGCCUCUGACGGUUACAGGGAGAUGUCACUCCCAGGUUCGGGCGUCAUCACACCGAGCACGAGGGCGUCAACUCCGAGCGUCGUCCAAAAUUCCACGUCGUCCGCGAACUUCGAGGCACAAUUCAGGCUUGAUGAUCCGUCCGCGGUGUACAAGUCAAAGCUCCGAGCAUCCGCUCCCAACAGUGCAGAUACAGAGCAGAGGCCAAUAAGCCGUCCUGGCUCGAGCCUCGCUGCUCCUUCCUCCGCUUCUUCAGGGAACCUGCAGUUCCGCCCUACGUCCUUGGAGACGAUGCGAGCGCAGUAUGGCACGUCAUCCGAUGCCCUGCCACGGCACUUUCCCCUCCAAUCCCGUCCCUCGCCCUUCGCAUCCGUUAUUCCACCCCCGCUCACCAUGAAUGGCUCGCCUUUCGUCGACACCGGGCGACCGAUCCGCCCUGCGCCCCGGACGGCUGGACCCGGGUCGAGCUCAGGUUCGGGCUCGGGCUCAGGCUCAGGGCCGCUGACGAUGACCUUCCCGUCGAGCUUCGCGUAUUCGAACCUGUCGCCGUCGCACUUCUCCGGAGAACAGCGCCUGCCGCCGCGCGGAUACACGAUGCGCGGCGCGAGCCCGGGGAGCGCGCCCGCGAGCGCGACGAUGAUGUUCGAGGCGUCGGUGUUUGCGCCGCCAGGCCCGGUGCCGAUGAUCAGGGUGGCGUCGCCGUUCACGUUCCGCGCAGAUGCGGCGGGCGUCGAAGAGUCCCCGGUGAUGCCGGCGACGCUGCAGACGACGGAGGACUUGGUGGCGUAUUUGGAGCACCGGUCGAGGUUUGCGGAGCCGAGGGAGUCGGAUUUCAUGUGAGGCGGCGGUGGGUGAGGUUGCUCGGUCUCGUGGAUCUUGUGUCUUGGCCUGCAGUCGGUUUGGGUUGGCUGCUUUGACACUGUUUAUGUUUUGGAAGGUUUGCUUAAUGUGUUGGUGAGAUGGUCA